UUGGUUUCAGGGCAUCCAAUACCGACAUCUCUGGGAGAACGUUUCCAUACAGUCGAAGAGGAACAAGGAGUCUGUAAUAUAUACAAUAUACACCCCGGAUAACGCUGGCGAAGCAGUAACUAAAUAGGACCUUUCUUUGAGGUUCGAGCGCGAAGUGAGUCGGGCGUCGAACUCGAAGGCAAGAAAAAAGAGAAGACUCGCGAAUGUAAGUGAGUUGGAAAGAGAGUGCUUUCUUCGGGAAUCAUGGUGAAGGUCCUCGUAUAUAAGCUACAGGCCGCUCUACAAUUGUCAGUGUAGUUCUUCUCACUGGAAACACCAACUCAAUUAAACGAGAAAACAUGUUUCGAUUCUUAAUACUAGCGGUGACUCUAGUCAUGACGAGGGCCUCUUACUCGUCAUACGGCGGAGGUCACGAACUUUCGAUACAACCGAAAUUGUUAUCCCAGUCGGUACAUUUGCAAGAAGUUCCCACGAAGGUGAUCAAGGUUACAAAGACGGUGGCGAUCAAAGUUCCAGUGCCUUACCCGGUGAAGGUUCCACACCACAUUCCCGUUCCUGUGCCUGUGAACCAUCCUGUGGCAGUUCCAGUUCCGCAGAUAGUGAAAGUUCCUCAUCACGUGCCGUUCGAAGUCUCUAAGCCGUUUCCAGUGGAACUCCCCCAGCAGGUUCCCGUCUUGGUCUCCAAGCCGGUUCCGGUGCCUCGGCCGGUCGCAGUUCCUCAUCCUGUUGCCAUCAACAGGCCAGUGUUCUACCCGGUACCACACCCUAUUCCCUACCCUCAACAUAGCGAAUCGACCGGAUAUGGGGGCGGAUAUGGAGGUGGUGCCGACAACAGCGGCUACGAAGCUCAGUCCUACAACACUUACUCUGUUGAGUCUCAGGGACCUCAUGCCAGUCAUGAACAGUCUAAUGCUGGUUACGGUCAGUCUGAACAUGACCACUUCCAGGCAUCCCAACCAGAUUACACGGCCCAGCACUAAAAUUGGAGUUUGCUCAAUCAUCCAAGCUGGAACAAGUCGAUACCUUCACCUCCCAUCUUCAUCCUCAUCCUGAUACUUUCCUUCUCCUUUCUACGUCCUGUACACAGGGUGUCCCAAAAUUACCUAACCAACGGGGUAUCGCGGUGUUCGGGAGGCACCACUGAUCACGAAAAUGACCUUCCUUUUGUCCGGAAGGUCAUAGUUUUUAAAUGGG